AUUCUCACGCGUCCUGCAGCGCGAAUGUUCAACUGGCAUCUUCUGAGCGAUCGUGAGGCCUGAGCGGAGAAGCGGAUCUGCGAAAAGUAAAGGUAGGAGAAAGGAAACGGGAUUAAUAAAUGGACAAAAUGGAGGAGAUGUGCCUGACUGUCCAGGGGAUUCCAGAGUUGAGCCAUAAAUGUGAAGAGGUGACCUUAGAAGAAGAGAGAAAUGAUGAGAAAAAUGAAAAUCUCAUGCUUCACAGGAGUCUCCAUUUGAUGGAUACCACCGACAAAAUAAGUGUGGACAUUAAGAAAGAGGACUGUGAAUGGGAAUCGGUACACUAUCAGCCGGGGAGUCUGGGGGUUAAGGAGGAGGAUUGUGAAUGGGGGUCAACUGGCAUUAAAGAAGAACCGGAGCCAAAGUCUAUUAGCACUGACAUGCAGGAAAAUGAAAUUUUAAACACCAUCAAGGAAGAGGAUGUUAAAGCAGAGUCUGUCUCUCAGUAUGUGUGUCCAGAUGAAAAGGUGUCUCAGUUAGGCUUCACACCGAGCAGUGAGCAGGCCCUUCAGCAUCAUUCGUACUAUCUGAAGUCGGAAUCUGCAGAGCCGGACAUGAAGAGGAGCGAGAGAGCAUCGUGUUCAAGUCAUUCUAGAGAUGAUUUACAAGAGAAGGGCUAUAUCUAUCCUCCAUCAUUUAUUCAAAAUUCUCUUCAGUGCAAGCCGCAACAGACAGUACAUGAUGAAAAUUUGAACAUAUUGACUUCUGGACCAGCAAUUUUAAUACCAAACACUUUACAGUUUAAUUCCCCCUGCAAUUUGUCACUAUCAAGGACUAAUAUAAUAAUUAUUCAACAGAAUUUGAAAAGUUCAGAUUCCACAACGUUGCCUACUUAUAAAGAGAUGAGAAAAACUGUUAAAUGCAAAUCUAAAUUCAAAGAUAAUCAAAUGAACUAUUUAAGACAGAAAUCAUUUUGCUGUUCUAUAUGUCAAAAGCAAUUCUCUAAUAGUAGCCUUCUUAAAAGGCACUUUAGAAUUCACACUGGGGAGAAGCCGUAUUGCUGUUCUGUAUGUGGAAAAAAGUUCACCAACCAUGGCAGUUUUCAGACCCAUACUAGAAUGCACACUGGAGAGAAGCCAUAUUGGUGUGCUGAAUGUGGGAAACGAUUUUCCAGCAGGAGCAAUCUUCAGACCCACAAAAGAAUUCACACUGGAGAGAAGCCAUUUUGCUGCUCUGAAUGUGGAAAAGGAUUUUCCAAGAAAAGCAGCCUGCAGUCCCACUCAAGUGUUCACACUGGAAUGAAGCCCUAUUGCUGUUCUGACUGUGGAAAAAGAUUCACCAACAAUAGCAGUCUUUACAUCCAUGCUAGAAUUCACACUGGAGAGAAGCCACAUUGCUGUUUUGAAUGUGGGAAACAAUUUUCCAAGAAGAGUAGUCUUCAGACCCACACACGAAUUCACACUGGAGAAAAACCAUAUUGCUGUUCUGAAUGUGGUAAACGAUUCUAUAUGAGUAGCCACCUUCAUGCCCACACUAGAAUUCACACUGGAGAGAAGCCAUAUUCCUGUUCUGACUGUGGAAAACGAUUUGCCACAAACAGCAGUCUUCAGAUCCACACAAGAGUUCACACUGGGAAAAAGCCAUAUUGUUGUUCUGAAUGUGGCAAACAAUUCUCCAACAAUAACACUCUUCAUGUGCACACACGAAUUCACUCUGGGGAGAAACCAUAUUGCUGUUCAGAAUGUGGUAAACGAUUCUCCACAAAGAGCAUUCUUCGGGUUCAUAUAAGAAUUCACACUGGUGAGAAGCCAUAUUGCUGUUCUGAAUGUGACAAGCAAUUCUCAAGUAACGGCAGUCUUUUGAAACAUGUGAGAAUUCACACCGGAGAGAGGCCAUACUCCUGCACUGAAUGUGGCAGACAAUUCUCACAAGUGGGCAAUCUUAAGACCCAUAUAAGAAUUCACACAGGAGAAAAAAAAACAAGAAAGAAAUGUCACUGCUGUUUGGAAUGUGGCAAGCAAUUUCUUGACAGGAGUCAUCUUCAGGCACACACGAGAAUUCACACUGGAGAAAAGCCAUAUUGCUGUAAUGAAUGUGACAAACGGUUUUCAAGAGGAAGCACACUUAAGAACCACAAAAGAAUUCACACUGGAGAGAAGCCAUAUUGUUGUAAUGAAUGUGGGAAACACUUUUCAAGAAGAAGCUCUCUUCAGAUCCACAAAAGAACUCACACAGGAGAGAAGCCAUAUUGCUGUUCUGAAUGUGGCAAACAGUUCUAUCAGAAGAGUCUUCUUCAGAGACACAUUCGAAUUCAAACUGGUGGAAAGCUGUAUUGCUGUUCUGAAUGUGGCAAACAAUUCUCUGAUAGGAGUUCUCUGCGGAGACAUGUUAGAAUUCACACGGGAGAGCAGCCAUUUUGCUGUUCUGAAUGUGGCAAACGAUUCUCUGAUAGGAGCCAUCUUCAGAGACACACAAGAACUCACACUGGAGAGAAGCCAUACUGCUGUUUGGAAUGUGGCAAACAGUUUUCACGAACGAGCCAUCUUCAGAGCCACACAAGAACUCACACUGGAGAGAAGCCAUAUUGCUGUUUGGAAUGUGGCAAAAUGUUUUCACGAUGGAGUGAUCUUAAGAGGCACACUAGAAUUCAUAAAGGAGAAAAGCCCUUAGGAGUACAUUAGAGGUGGGUGAUGCCUGAAGGAGUCAAAAACUUCCUGCCCACAACUUUAAAAUAGUACAUUUACCUGGUGUGCUUUGUUUUAUAAGUUGGGUCAUUGCAUGUCAAAUCAACCAAUGGCCCAAUUGACCAAAAUUCAAUGUGAGCUAUAUGUAGGCCUCAGAAACACAUAUUUGUAACCAACACAGAUAUACUAUAUAGGCUUUCUGAAAAAGCAAUAAACAGAAAGGUAACUAUAUCAGAAUAUGAACAGCAGACCUCUCAGAUCUUUUUUUUUUAUUGAUUGUAUUAAAAUCAAAUAAUAUUCCAUACACAACUCGAGUUUUACAAAA